CACUGACGGUAACGUUACGUCUCCGUUGCAGCAGAACAAGGAAGCAACAUGUGCUGACCAUAAUAACUUCAACACAGCAGCCAGGCAACAACCACGACACCAGCCGAGGACACUCACCGACCGCCGUGCCACCAACAACACAGGACACCGAUAAAGCCACAUCAUGAAAAGAGAAGUGAAGGCCGGGGUCAACUUCCUCAAACAGCUGGUUGUGGCUCAUGGAAAAGUCGACAGAGCCAAAGCAGAACUGUUUGAGGAGAGGCUGCAGAAGCUUUUAUGUGAUAAAUAUGAAGACCACUGGUACCCUGACAGUCCCAGCAAAGGACAGGCCUACAGAUGCAUUCGGAUAAAUAACGGAGUCCUCUGCGAUGAAGCUGUCCUGAAGGCAUGCGAGGACAGCGAGCUCACGCCCAGUGAUCUAGGACUUCCGCCUGAGCUCACGCUGUGGAUCGACCCACUGGAGGUGUGUGCGAGAUCUGGAGAGAACAGCAGGCCCUUCACAAUAGCCUGUUUCAAUGAGAAAGAGGACGACGAAGGUGUGAAGGGAGACCAGGACGACGCCUCGGAGGAUUCGGUAAACCUGGACACUUCAGACUACCACUCUGCUACCUCUUCGGAUUGCGGUUCUACUACAUCCAGCGACACGGAGGAAGAGGCGAAAGAUGGCGAGACCGAAGGAGAGCAGGAGAAAGAGGAGGCUGUGAAGAAGGAAGAAGCUGAAGGCGAACCCUACACAAUAGUGAUGGUGCCCAGGAUUCGAAAGCGAGAAGUCAAAUACGUCAGAAAUAUGCUCCCGGCCAGCCUCCAGUACUUCUACCAGCCUACGCCGGUUUGGCGUCAGUACAAGAAGGCCGCUCCAGUGUUCCUCACCACAGUGUGCGCCCCUCCAGCGCCGCCUCCUCCGCCCCAGCAGGUUUUCGGCUACUACAUCUUGCCGCAGCCGCCUCCGCAGUUCAUCGUGCCUCAAGCCGCCCUGCAGCCUUGGGCGGCCGUGAAGGGUUAAACCGUCCACGAGCUGCAAAGACCGAGCAUUACACGCUCCUUCGACUGAGCCAUGUGAUGUCAGGUCUCUCAGUUCAGCUAAACUUGGGCCAAGAAAAGAACAUUUUUAACCGUUAGUUUCAAAGUUAUUCCCUACACAGCCUGUAAUAAUUACUUUCUUUGUCAUUUCUUGCUCUCAAGCAAAGAGAUAGCACUGGACUUGAGUGAAAACUAUUUAAUCUGUCAUGUAUGCACUGCAACUUUUUUUUUUUUUAACUUCAUCAAUGAUUUCAGUCACUGGGUGCUUGGACUAUCUCAGGAACUGUCAGCAAUAUAUUUAAGCCAAAUAAUUACCUUUCUAUGUUCUUUUCUUUCCAGUUCUCUCACUGUGUGUAUGUCACAGUUAAUCACUGUACAAUGUAAUUCAGGGUUUUAAUCUAUUGUAGUUAGACUGACAAUAUCUGUAUAUUAAGAAGACUAUUUUUUACUAAACUGCUUGUAAAUAAUAGAGAAUUUAGAUACUAUAGACUGAGGCACACUUUCUUACUAUUUUUGUUGUAAUUUAUUUGUCCACCAGUGGAUGGCGCUCAAGUCACAUCAAGUACAUGAAGCUGUAUAUUUUUUAUCAACUAUGGAUGCUGUAUCUUGCAAAUCUCAGAACACAAACAUGUUUUUUAGAAAAGCUUGCUAGUCUGUGAAAUGUAUAGCUGUGCUUCUUCUUUCAGGGAAAAUCUACUGGCUUUAAGCUGUUUGUUUUAAAUUACAUUCCUUGCUAUGAUAAUCUGCUACACCCUGGAAACAACCGCAUGUUUUACUCACUCACUUAUGCAGUUAUUUGAUAUUUAUUUAUGCCACUUUGUAGCUUGUGUGUGUUCACUGUCUUGCUGUCACCUUUUGCAUUUUCCUUCUCAUUACAGCCAAUUAAACCAGCUCCUACCUGAAA